AGAAGGCUGUCUGAGGCAAGGAUUUUUGAGCUGACAUCUGAAAAAUGUCAUGGCACCCCCAGUACCGGAGCUCCAAGUUCCGCCACGUCUUUGGCAAGCCAGCCAGCAAGGAGAACUGCUACGACUCAGUGCCUAUCACCCACAGCGUCCACGACAAUCACUUCUGUGCCGUGAACCCCCACUUCAUUGCGGUCGUGACCGAGUGUGCUGGUGGGGGGGCCUUCCUCGUCAUCCCCCUGCACCAGACGGGAAAGUUGGACCCCCACUACCCGAAGGUCUGCGGGCACAGAGGGAACGUCUUAGAUAUUAAGUGGAACCCUUUCGAUGACUUUGAGAUUGCCUCUGCUUCUGAAGAUGCCACGAUUAAGAUCUGGGGCAUCCCCAAGCAACUGCUGUCAAGGAACCUCACGGCCUACAGGAAGGAGCUGGUGGGCCACUCCCGCCGAGUGGGCCUGGUGGAGUGGCACCCCACGGCCGCCAACAUCCUCUUCAGCGCGGGCUACGACUACAAGGUGAUGGUCUGGAACCUGGAUACAAAGGAGUCUGUAAUCAUGAGCCCGGUGAAAACAAUUGACUGUCACCCAGACGUGAUCCUCUCCAUGUCCUUCAACACCAACGGCAGCCUGCUUGCCACCACCUGUAAAGACCGCAAGAUUCGGGUUCUUGACCCCCGAGCAGGGACUGUCCUCCAGGAAGCCAGCUACAAGGGGCACCGGGCCAACAAAGUGUUGUUUCUGGGGAACAUGAAGAAGCUGCUGUCCACCGGCACGUCCCGAUGGAACAACCGGCAGAUGGCCCUGUGGGACCAGGACAACCUUUCCGAGCCUCUCUCAGAGGAAGACCUGGACGGCUCCUCAGGUGUGCUGUUUCCCUUCUAUGACGCAGACACCAACAUGCUCUACGUGGUGGGAAAGGGAGACGGGAACAUCCGUUACUAUGAGGUGAGCUCCGAAAAACCUCACCUGAACUACCUGACGGAAUACCGCUCCUAUUACCCACAGAAGGGGAUCGGUUUCAUGCCAAAGAGAGGUCUUGACGUGUCCACCUGUGAGAUCUUCCGCUUUUACAAACUGAUCACAACGAAAAGCCUCAUCGAACCCGUGUCCAUGAUUGUACCCCGGCGGUCGGAAUCCUACCAGGAGGACAUCUACCCACCCACGGCAGGGGCCCAGCCCUCUAUGACAGCCAGGGAGUGGCUCGGUGGGAUGAAUAAAGGGCCUGUCCUGGUGUCCCUUAGGCCCGGCUCCGAUAUCCUGAGCCCUCGGCCUCUGCCCCCAGAAAGACCUCUCUCCAGCCCCACGGCCCCCACCGCGCCCCACCUCGCGGACCAGACAGAAGCGCUGGUUGCCGAAGACGGCCGGAGGCCCUUCCCCCUGCGCGAGGAGAAGGCGCCAAGGUGGGCGGCGGAGCACAGGCUGGAGGAGAAGAAAGCCUGGCUCACGAACGGCUUUGACAUCUUCGAGUGCCCCCCACCAAAGACUGAGAACGAGCUGCUACAGAUGUUCUAUCGGCAACAGGAGGAGAUCAGAAGACUCCGGGAGCUGGUGACCCAACGCGAGGUCCAGGCCAAACAGUUGGAACUGGAGAUCAAAAACUUGCGGAUGAGCUCAGAAUGGUUUUGAG